AUGAGUUCUUUACCGAUGGUGUCCUCGAGACUUGAUGACGCGAGUACGACGACGAGUAGUGCUCUGAACAGAAGAAGAAGAAACACGAAGACGAACCUAAAGAAGAAAACGAAUAAAACAACGACUAUUACGAGGUGUCAAACGUCGCAAACGGCGUCGUUUACGCCCAAAGGAGCGAAAAUUUCCGGCGUCGGGAAGGCGUUGCCGAAGAAAUUCAUCACCAACGACGACCUCGCCAAGUUGGUGGAAACCAACGACGAGUGGAUACGCACGAGAACCGGGAUUGGGAAAAGACACGUGAUUUCUGGAGAUGAAACAUUGACAUCUUUAGCCGCGGAAGCGUCUCUUGGUGCUUUGAAAAUGGCCAACGUGAACCCAGAAGAUAUUGAUUUAAUCAUCGUCGCGACGAGUUCGCCGGACGACUUGUUCGGGUCGGCGUGUUUGUUACAAAGCGCGAUUGGCGCGAAAGGCGCGUUGGCGUACGAUUUAACCGCCGCGUGCUCGGGAUUUGUCGUUGGAUUAGUCAACGGUAUGCAUUUCAUCAGAGGAGGUGGGUAUAAAAACGUGCUCGUGGUUGGAGCGGACGUUUUGAGCAGAUACGUGGAUUGGCGAGACCGAGGGACGUGCAUUUUGUUCGGCGACGGGUGCGGCGCGGUUGUGUUAACCGCCACGGAAGAGGUGAGCGAGUGCUCUUUGUUAGGUUUUGACAUGCACAGCGAUGGGUCGCAGAAUCAUCACUUGACGGCGAAAGUGUGCGGAGCGAAAGUGGGGAAAGUCUGGGAGUCCGAUUCAGAAGCCGGCGAACGCACGGCGUACGAAAACAUUGGCAUGAACGGCCAAGACGUGUUCAAAUUCGCCGUUAGGGCGGUACCGAUGACCAUCAAAGAGAGCUUGAAAAACGCAAACAUGCAACCAGAGGAAAUCGAUCACUUAGUUUUGCACCAAGCGAACCAAAGAAUCAUCGACGCCGCCGCGCAAAGGUUAGGUCUAGGAGACGAUAAAGUGGUCUCGAACAUCGCGGAGUACGGGAACACCUCCGCGGCCUCCGUCCCGUUGGCUUUGUGCGAAGCCGUCGAGAGUGGGAAGGUGAAGAGAGGUGACGUCGUCGCCAUGGCUGGGUUCGGUGCCGGUUUGACCUGGGCCUCUUGCUUGUUGAAAUGGUAA